GUGUUAUUUAUCAGAUCAUGGGGCCCACCAAGAAGCAGAGCCCAGAGAAGCGACGUGCUCUCCACAGACAGCUCAUGCAGCAGACCAGAACAACGGCUGUGUCAACUGUGCAAGGGUCAUUUCAUCAGGGUAGUCCAUUACUACCUUCACAGAACCGUGGCACUCAGUGUACAUGCAUGUCAUUGAUUGCCCUCAUGACAGCACAGAACACCUCACUAGCCCGUUGGACUACUGCUCACCUCGACAGCAUACUGCUGGAGGGUGACCAGCUUUACUCCUCGUGUCGUCGUCAGAGGCAUUUCAUGAUGAUCAAUGAGUUGCCACAGUCAGUGUCCCACCAUGGUGUCCAGUAUGAACUGACAUACCACAAUGCCUACUGCGGAACCUUGGGAAGGAAUAGCACAGAAGCUCCCUUCUAUACACUUGCUGAUGCCAUCAUUGCAGCACAGAGGGUGUCCCAACACAACUUCUUGCUUGUGGGGUCUGACGCCCACAGUUACACCUGUAUGCUGAUGAACUUAGGGCCACCACAAGGAUGUUUUGUUUUCGACUCACAUUCCAGGGAUGUUUACGGUAUGGGGACAGCAGAUGGCACAUCUGUAUUAGUAACAUUACCCAGUGUAGACCAGGUGCCAAACCACAUUUAUCAGCUGUCAAUUUCCCUCCAACUGACUUCAACUGACAAGUUUGAGGUCGUCCCUUGCUCAGUGCACAUCACUCAGCAACAAGUUCAGCUCUGCACUCCACCACUUGACCAGUACCUCCAGCAGCAAGCUGCAAAACACACUCAGAAAAGGCAACUAUACCAGAACAAGUGGCUCAGCAAACCAGGAGUCAAAGAGCAGCGGCAAUUACGAGAGAAGGUAAAUCGAGGUGAGCCAGAGGUGAAGAGAAUCCGAAGAGAACGAGAAGCAACUCAGAGGCAGCAGGCUGAAGUCAAGCAGGCCAGGCAGACGCGGGAAGCAGCUCAGAGGCAGCAGGAUGAAGUGAAGCAGGCCAGGCAGACGCGGGAAGCAGCUCAGAGGCAGCAGGAUGAAGUGAAGCAGGCCAGGCAGACGCGGGAAGCAGCUCAGAGGCAGCAGGCUGAAGUGAAGCAGGCCAGGCAGACGCGGGAAGCAGCUCAGAGGCAGCAGGCUGAAGUGAAGCAGGCUCAAGUGAAGCAGGCCAGGCAGACGCGCGAAAAAGCCCAAAGGCAGAAGACACAAGUGAAGGAAACACAGAACCAGAAAAGAGUCGAGAAACAACUUGCAGAAUCGGAGAAGCUCAAAGAUAUCAAUGAAGUACUGCACAGGUUUCAAAAAAAAAUAUCCCAACUUCCAGAUUACACAUGCUGUUUUUGUGAGACAUUUAGGUUCAGACACCAGGUCCAGAAAUACACAUCUCAAAAAUAUCGAGACCAUGCACAGAUAGUGCAAGUGUGUCAGCUGAGUGAUGAGAAGGAGGAUCAGUGGAUAUGUUUAGCAUGUCAUAAGUCUCUGACCAAAGGGAAAUUACCACCGUUAUCCACCAAAGGCAAUAAUCUGAAAUCAAUCAGCAUGCCAGUAGAUCUAAAGGACCUCAACACACUUGAGCAGUUUCUUUUGACACCUGUGAUUCCCUUCAUGAAAAUUAUAUGUCUGCCAAAAGGAACACAGAGGGGAAUGCAUGGACCUGUAGUGUGUGUGGCAGCCAACGUACCCGACACUGUCUCCAAGUUACCACGAUCUAUUGAUGAUAGUGGACUUUUGAAAGUUAAAUUGAAAAGAAAGCUACAGUACCGCGGACACCACCUUUACCAACAGGUCCGUACAAACCUUGUAGCUGAUGCAUUCCACUUCCUGCAGCAACAACACCCUUCAUUUGCAGACAUUCCAAGGAAUCAUACGCUUGAUAUCUCCUGUCAACAUGAUUCCGCUGCUCUUAUAACAGAGUCAAACCUGCCACCAACUCAAUCCGAAGGGGGAAUAGAAUCUACCGAUGUCACCAGCCCACACACUACUCCAAGUACAAGCCAGGAAAAUCAAGGUGAUGCUGUUGAUGAAGAUGAGGUGAGCGACACCUCAGCUCCACUGGUCACCUGCCUCCAACCCACUGACCUGUCACAAUACAUCAGCGACACCCAGGAAGAUAAUAUCUUCUGUGUGGCCCCCGCAGAACAGAACCGCCCGCAGUCAAUACAAGACAAGGAGUGUCAAGCCUUCCCUCUGCUGUUCCCAGAAGGCAAGCAAACCUAUGCUGACACACGCCCAGUGAAACUCACCCUUAGCCAAUACAUCAAGAGUCGCUUCUUCUCUGCAGACAACAAAUAUGCCAUGAAUCCGGAGUAUCUCUUCUACCUGCAAUAUCUGAAGGAAUUCAAUGAGGUGUUGUCAUCAGCCUGUAUAAGUCUGAGGAAGGCAUCUGGUUAUCAGAGUCAUGUCACUGUCGGUCAACUGACAAGUGCUGCUUCAUUCCGCCAGAUGGUUCACCAAAAUGAAGGAUAUAAGUUCCUAACAAAAGUAAGAGGAUCAGCACCUUACUGGGACAAAACGUUGAGGGAUCUGUGUGCCAUGGUCAAGCAGCUGGGCAUCCCAACAUGGUUUGCAAGUUUCUCUGCAGCAGAUCGUCGCUGGCCGGAGAUAGCUUCUGCUUUUCUCAAAAAGGAGAGCGAGGAGGGUGCACUGCUGAAGGCUGCGCAGAAAGAUGCCAGAGAAGGGAACGAGGAUGCUGUCAAGGAGCUUCGUACCAUCGGGCAGGUCUAUGUCACACAUCGUGAGGUCAGCGUCAUGGAGGCCAUCUGGAGGGGGACCGGGAUGAAACUCAAAGCUUGCAGCAGAGAGAUCAUUUGGGUCCCAGCAGAUGAGCAAUCCACAAGAAUGACUCUGCCGCUGAGUGUUCUGAGGAACAUAGCAAAGCAGAAGGGCCAAGAUACCACAGAUGUCUUCCAAAAGUCCAUCUUGGACCGGUACUGGGCACGACCAAGCCAAGCUCUGUUCACCAACAUGUGUCUUGCUGACUUUGUAGCACAAUACAGACUUGUCACAGGUAGCAGAGACGUAGAUCACCACAGUGACACAGAGCAUGACACUCACAGCAGCACUGUGAUCCUGUUGCAGGACAACAUGGGUGCUGUCGCUAAACGGAAGACACCUGCAGUGAUACGCUACCUCAAAGUUUCCAAAGCAAAAGACAGUGAACGCCACUUCUGUACACUACUGAGGAUGUACAUGCCACAUCGUGGCAAGCAGAUGAAGGGUGAUGAUGAGACAUAUGAGGAGGUGUUCAUGAGUCAUCAUAUCAAAUUCAAUGGAGCUGUGACCAAAAUCUGUCAUCUCGUGGUUCAGAACAUGGACAGGUAUGAACACUGUACUGAGGAAAUAGAUGACGCCUGGUCUGCUGUGCAGCAGGGUGACCGCCUAGAAGAUGGCUGGGCAGAGAUUGCUCCUGGCGCCGAGGAAGAGAGAAGUGACACACAGCCACAGCAUGAUGAUCAAUUCAGUCAUGAAGAAGAAGUUCCUGAGCUCCCAGAUCUGGAAGCAGCUCUUCCAAGUACAUAG